UCCCUGAAACAGUCUUCUGCCCCUUUCUAUUCCGCAAUGCAUUUUGUAGGUUAGUGUUCGCUGUUUAUUUACUUCGCGCGCACGGGGAUCCCGGAUGCCCUAGUUGCAUGGCAUUAGCGUACCUCCGUUCCCCCGGGACGCAACUGUAAAUCUUUCCGUUAUACUUGGACUGCACUUUUUUGGGCAUCUCAGUAUGGCUGCUGUACUCGGCGUGAUUUUUUUCUAUUUUCUAGCUAACCAAUAUUAUGCGGACGCAACGCCCCAAAGUCAUUUUCUUAAAGAUUUGCUGCGCUUUUAUGGUAAGAAUGCAUCUUUGUCCACGGACGAUAUGAGAAACUUUUUGAACUUGAUCACGACCAGGCGACCGCCGUCUAUUGACAAUGAGGAUAAUCCAUUUCAAAACUCAGAGUGCAUGUCUCCAGAAGAGCUGCUUGAGUGGCAUGGUCUGGGGAACGUGUCAGAGCUGACCUUGUCUCAGCUGGAGGUCAUGUGUCCGGCCUUCCUGACCCAGGUACUGCUCCCGGCAUGCCCUUAUGUCGGCCCCGGAGACAACAAGCCUCUGAGCUCUGAGGUGUGGGGCUAUGGGUUUCUGUCCGUGACACUGAUCAACUUGGCAGCUCUGCUAGGCCUGUUCCUGGUGCCCUUCACAGACAAGCCCUACUUCCCCAAAGUGCUCACUUACUUCAUCGGCCUGGCCAUCGGCACGCUCUUCUCCAACGCAGUGCUGCAGCUCAUACCUGAGGCCCUUGGCUUUGACCCCAAAGCUGAUAACUACAUCCUCAAAGCCAUCGGGAUAUUUGGAGGAUUCUACAUCCUCUUCUUCACAGAGCGGGUCCUGAAAAUGGCACUAAAACUAGACCACGAGCAUGGGCACAGUCACGGCCUUCCUCCACCAUCCCAGCAGCAUCAGCAGCACGAUGGGGGUGGCGGUGGAGAUGGAGAUGGAGAUGGAGGUGGGGAAGAGAAGACAGACAUGGUGACCAUCACCAGCUUCAGCAGCAGCGUCAGCCUGAAUAAUCUCCACUCCAACUCCAACACGGUCAGCAGCGGCGUCAGCACCAGCGUGGCCAACCUCAUCAACAACGACAUGACCAACGGCCACGCAGCAGCCCCCGACACACAACAGGAAAGAGUGGUGUUCUGUCAUUGGCUGCGGGGCGAGCGGAUCUCCAACAUCAAGACGGUGGCCUGGAUGAUCACACUGAGCGACGCGCUGCAUAACUUCAUAGACGGCCUUGCCAUUGGCGCCUCCUUCACCGUGUCCAUCCUCACCGGGUUCAGCACCUCCAUAGCCAUCGUCUGCGAGGAGUUCCCUCACGAGCUGGGUGACUUUGUGAUCCUGUUGAACUCGGGCAUGUCUGUACCCCAGGCGGUGUUCUUCAACCUGAUGUCUGCCAUGUGCUGCUACCUAGGGCUGGUCCUGGGCAUCGUCCUGGGCAGCAACUUUGCGCCCAACCCCAUCUUCGCCAUCGCAGGGGGCAUGUUCCUCUACAUCGCCUUGGCUGACAUGUUUCCUGAGAUGAACAACAUCACGAACGCCGCUCAAAGGUCGGCCACGGAGAAGGCCAUCUUCUUCCUCAUCCAAAACGCUGGACUGCUCUCCGGAUUCAGCAUCAUCCUCCUCAUCACAAUGUUUGCUGGAGACAUCAGCCUGGGCUAGUGCACAGUAAAAUACGCCAUGUUGAUGCCACACUCAGAGAACUGAAUUUAACACUCAUGGUGAUGUUUCUACUCUCCAAAUUAGGAUUGUAUCGGACAGAGGAUGGAAUGGGAGAGGGAGAGAGAGGCAGAUACAGAGACAGGGUGAGAGGAAAUGAGGACAUAAUCGAUGGAUGGUGUGUCAGAGAGAGAGAAGAGGGAUUGAGAGAUAGAAAAAUGAGGAAAACAUAGAGUAAAGCUGUAGAUUCAAGUUCAUUUUUCUAUUUGUAUUCUGCCAAAGAACAAUGUAUCUACAAUGAUGUGUACUAAUCAACGGAGAAGGGGUGCACACAAUGUAAAAACAGAAAACACAAUUUUAUUUGUGUCUUUUUUCACUGGAAAGGGAUAUUUAUAUUCAAUUAUGUGUCCUUCUUUAGAAUGUGCUGUAAAUUAUUUUUCCAACCAUGCACUGUAUUGUCUUUUUGUGGCAACCAAGUUUCUGCUGUAUUUGAUCUAAACAAUGACCCU